UCGGCUAAGUUGCGUUUGCGCAUCACCAAUCAUCGUAAAACUGGCAUUAAAUUUGCGCGUAAAAGAAUGCCAAAAAUUGGAUUAUUGCAACAAAGUUAAUAUACGCGUUUAAGUAAAUAGCAACAAAUGUGAUCAUACGAAUUCACAUAAAUAAACUGCAUAUUGGGUGUGCUAAAAAUCCAAAAUCGCCUCUUCACAAAUGCCACAACAAAAGACGCUACAAUUUGUCUGAAUAGUAAACAACUAAUAUACUAAAGUCACAACAACAAAAUCAACAACUAUCAAUAAGCAAAAAUAUAAACAAUGAAUCCGGCUGAGCUGCGGAUGAUGUGGAUGAGCAGCCAAUACAACUCGGAGCGCAUUACAUUGGAGGAUGCUGCGACUCUGCUAGGUCACUCAACCGUUGGCCUAUCCGUUAUGGAGGAUAUGGCACAUCAGCCCACUUUGGAUAUGAGUCCAAUGAUGAGUAUUGUUGGGGGGGACUUUACGGGACAGGCAGCAGCAGCCGCUGCCGCACUGGGCGUUCAGCCAGGAACGCUAAUUGCCACAAAUACAAAUAAUCUGUACGGCUUUGCGCAUAUGGGUGGACUGCAGCAACAGUUGCUGCAGCAAUCCGCCGCAGCGACCGUCUUUCAAAACUAUGCCGAAGUCAUGGAUGGCGAUGAUGGCAACAAUGCCGGUGUGGCACUGAUGGGCGUCAGCUCGGCGGCCGUUGAUGAUGAUCAGCAGGUCUAUGGCCAAUUGGAGGAUGGCUAUGAUGAUGGCGCUGCCAGUGGCGGCAUGUCCGAUCUAGAGCCCAAGCAGGAGAUCAUAAACAUUGAUGAUUUUGUAAUGAUGAACGAGGAUAAUAAUUCGUAUGAUGGCACCGAUUUUAUGACUUCGUCGGAUAAGGAUAUCUCACAGUCAUCAUCGUCGUGCAUGACCAGCAUGCCGAAUCAUGAUAUGCUUGUGCCGUUAGCCGAUGGCCUGCUGCAUCACAAGCUGCUGGGCACCACGCAUGCGAUGAUAAAUCAAGCCGGCACAUCCCUAGCCGGCAUGCCAGGAGCAUCUGGCAGUGGCAAUGGCUUUGCCAACAUCUUAAUUGCCGGCGAGGAGGCAACAGGCACACCCACGGCAAAAGCAAUGCGUCCCUACGGCAUUGCGUCCGGCAGCAGUAAGGCUGGCAAUAGCGGAUCUGGCUCUGGGUCCAGCUCCUCGAUGCGUGCCCAGCGCAAGACGCGCAAAAUUGAGCCAGUGAACCGGCCUGGACUCGUGCUCAAGACACCGAUUGCCUACAAGGGCAACAUUGAUCCUUCGGUCAUACCGAUACAGAAAGACGGCAUGGCUGUCUGUGAACGUUGCGGUGCCAUUGGUGUGAAGCACACGUUCUACACAAAGUCGCGACGUUUCUGCAGCAUGGCCUGUGCUCGCGGAGAGCUCUAUUCGCUGGUGCUCAAUAGCAAGAUGGAUGCCAGCAGCUCGCCAGCUCCUGCACUGGAGAUGCCCGAGUCAACGGGCGCAGCGGAAACAAAUCUGGCAUCGCCGUCGGAUGCGCAGGAUCAACAUCAUCAGCAACAGCAGCAGCAGUCGGACAUUGAGCUAACACUGCAAGCGGCACAUAUCAAAAAUGCCAACUAUCGUUUUCGUAUAACGGAUCAGUCGAAGAUAACGCAGCUGAACGGAUUCGGAGAGCCCAUGUCGCUGGGCGGGGAUGCAGCUGCCAAUAAUGUGCAAAUGGCCACGGAGGAGACAAUUGCAGCACUGAAUGGAGCUGCCGUUGGCGAUGCUGCUGCGCCGCCGGCCGAAGCCAGCGGCAGCGAGCUGAACGCCGCCGCCAGCAAUUCUUUUGUGAAUGCUGCGCCAACGCCCAAAGCACUUCGUCUGUUUCGAGAUGCCUUUCCGCAGGAAGAUCUGCCUCAAAUACCCAAAUACGAACGUCUUCCGGCGCCAUGCCCACAAAUGGAGAAGAUCAUCAGCAUACGACGGCGCAUGUACGAUCCGAUGCACUCGUACGACUGGCUGCCGCGGCUGGGCAAACCGAACUUCUAUGCGGCGCCCGUUACCUGCUUUCCACAUGCGCCCGGCUACGAGGUGUGGGAUAGUCUCGGCGUGGGCAUGAAGGUGGAGGUGGAGAACACCGAUUGCGAUAACAUUGAGGUCAUUCAGCCGGGACAGACACCCACCUCGUUUUGGGUGGCCACCAUACUGGAGAUUAAGGGCUACAAAGCGUUGAUGAGUUACGAGGGAUUCGACGUCAACUCGCACGACUUUUGGGUGAAUCUCUGCAAUGCCGAAGUCCAUUCGGUGGGAUGGUGUGCGACGCGUGGCAAGCCCUUAAUACCGCCACGCACCAUCGAGCACAAGUACAAGGAUUGGAAGGACUUUCUCGUGGAGCGUUUGUCCGGCGCACGCACAUUGCCCUCCAAUUUCUAUAACAAGGUCAACGACAGUCUGCAGUCGCGUUUCCGACUCGGCCUGAAUCUGGAGUGCGUAGACAAGGAUCGCAUAUCACAGGUGCGCUUGGCCACGGUGACCAAGAUUGUGGGUAAACGUCUGUUCUUGCGGUACUUCGAUUCGGAUGACGGCUUCUGGUGCCACGAAGAUUCGCCCAUUAUCCAUCCAGUUGGUUGGGCCACAACAGUUGGCCACAAUUUGGCUGCGCCGCAGGACUAUUUGGAACGCAUGCUGGCGGGUCGUGAGGCCAUGAUUGAAGUGCACGAGGAUGAUGCAACCAUUGAGUUAUUCAAAAUGAAUUUCACAUUUGACGAAUACUUUCUGGAUGGAAAAACCAAUGGCUUUAUCGAAGGCAUGAAGCUGGAGGCUGUCGAUCCGCUCAAUCUAUCCUCGAUUUGUCCCGCCACUGUGAUGGCUGUACUCAAAUUCGGAUAUAUGAUGAUACGCAUCGAUUCAUAUCAACCGGACGCCUCAGGGUCUGAUUGGUUUUGCUACCAUGAGAAGUCGCCUUGCAUUUUCCCGGCUGGCUUUUGUGACUCAAAUAACAUAGCUGUGACGCCGCCGAAUGGUUACGAUUCGCGUACCUUCACCUGGGAGGGUUACCUGCGCGACACUGGCGCCGUUGCGGCCGGCCAGCAUCUGUUCCAUCGCAUUGUGCCCGAUCAUGGCUUUGAAGCGGGCAUGAGUCUGGAAUGUGCGGAUCUGAUGGAUCCGCGUCUAGUGUGUGUGGCCACAGUGGCGCGUGUUGUGGGUCGGCUACUCAAGGUUCACUUUGAUGGCUGGACGGACGAGUAUGAUCAGUGGUUGGACUGCGAGUCGGCGGAUAUAUAUCCUGUAGGCUGGUGUGUGCUCGUUGGCCACAAACUGGAGGGACCACCGCGCGUCUCCCACCAGCAAGUGCCGAAGCCAGCCCCCAAACCCAAAGUGCAAAGAAAGCGCAAGACUAAAAAGGGAGCCAAUGGCUCAACUGGCGCUGCUGCCAACAAACAAUCGCAACAUGACAAUAGCACGCAGACAGCAGUCAAGCCCCGCACGAUCGCCUUGAAGACUACGCCGCACUUGCCGAAGUUGAGCAUUAAGCUGGAACUGAAGCCGGAGCAUCACAAUGCUGCCUUCUAUGAGAAUAAUCAGGUCGAGGAGGAUGAGGAUGAGGAUGGGGUGGCUGAGGAAGAUGCCGAUGGCGAUUGCAGCACCAGCCACAUGUCUGAACAGUCUACCACAACGAGCUCCGAUCAGUUUGCUUCACUUGGCGGGGCUCCAGCCAACACGGUAACGCCGACGGCCAGCGGCGGCAAUAGCAAUGCCAGCAAAACAAUGGUAAAGAAAUCUUCUACUACUAAAUCUCCUGCGCCACCAAUUAUGGGUCGCAAAGCCACUAGUUACAUUGCGAACUCUGCGGUUACGAACAGCAAGUACAUUCCUCGUUUGGCCGAUGUCGAUUCGAAUGAGGCGCAUCUGGAGCUGAUGCCGGACACCUGGAACGUGUAUGAUGUGUCACAGUUUCUGCGUGUGAACGACUGCACCGCACACUGCGACACGUUUAGCCGCAACAAGAUCGAUGGCAAGCGAUUGCUGCAGCUGACUAAGGAUGAUAUAAUGCCGUUGCUGGGCAUGAAAGUGGGACCUGCGCUCAAAAUCUCUGACCUCAUUGCGCAACUAAAGUGCAAACUCAAUCCCAGCAAGUCCAGAUCGCACAAGACGAACAAGUCACAGUUCUUAUAGUGCGGCAUCAGCCAGGACAUUAUCUUAAUGCCGGAAGCGAAACCCAAACAGUGUUUAACAAAGCCAAGCGUAGUUGUUUUUCAUUUUUAUGAAACGACGAAACGCCCGCAUCUACACGUGUAUA